UUUAAAUACACGUAAAAAUAUGUUUUCUUGUAUUGAGAAGGUUAUCAUCCUUGUAUAUGUUAUCACUAUAAUAAAAUGUGAUGUUUAUUGUAAAGAUACAAACUUAGGAACAAGAAUUAAACGAAACUAUUUUAUGGGACAUUAUGGAGGAUCAAUGUAUAUGGGCGGGUUUGGUGGUCAUCUUAGACCCAUUUACCCGAAUUUUCCUAUAUACAGGAGACGAUGUUGGCCGAGAAGACGAAUAGUUCCGCCUCGUACAUUAAUGGAUAGAAAGACUAAAAGAUACGGAAUACCUACAACUACUACAAAAACUUUAGAUGAGCCAACGGCUAAAAUAUACGCCACUCCUUCAACUACAACAGAAACUUUGGAUGAUGCAACAACUAAAAUUUACGCUACUACAACUACUACAGAAACUUUAGAUGAUUCGGGGACUAAAUUAUACACUACACCUUCAACUACUACAGAAAUUUUAGAUGAUGCAAGGACUAAAAUAUACACUCACCCUUCAACUACUACAGAAAUUUUAGAUGGUGCAAGGACUAAAAUAUACACUACACCUUCAACUACUACAGAAAUUUUAGAUGUUGCAAGGACUAAAAUAUACACUCAACCUUCAACUCCUCCAGAAACUUUAAAUAAUGCAAGGACUAAAAUAAACACUACACCUUUAACUAAUACAGAAACUUUAGUUGAUGCAAGGACUAAAAUAUACACUACACCUUCAACUACAGAAAUUUUAGCUGGUGCAAGGACUAAAAUAAACACUCAACCUUCAACUACCAAAAAAACCUUGGAUGGUUCAAAGACUAAAAUAUACACUAUACCUUCAACUACUACAGAAGCUUUAGAUGAUGCAACUAAUAGUAUAACUAAAAUAUACACUACACCUUCAACAACUACAGAAACUUUAAAUGAUGCAACUAAGGAUGAUAUGACUAAAAUAUACACUACGCCUUUAGCUACUACAGAAACCUUAGAUGAUGCAACUACACCUUUAACAACUACAGAAACUUUAGAUGAUGCAACUACACCUUUAACAACUACAGAAACUUUAGAUGAUGCAACUAAGGAUGAUAUGACUAAAAUAUACACUACGCCUUUAGCUAUUACAGAAACUUCAGAUGAUGCAACAACUAUGGAGGAGAUCACUGAAAUAUUUACCACACCUUCAACUUCUACAGAAACUUUAGAUGAUGCAACUAAGGAUGAUUUGACUAAAAUAUACACUACUCCUUUAGCUACAACAGAAACUUUAGAUGAUGCAACUAUGGAGGAGAUCACUGAAAUAUUUACCACACUUUCAACUACUGCAAAAACAGAACUAGAUAGAAUCUACACUUCAAAACCAAAUCACACUACUAUAAAAAUUGAUGACAAAAAUAAGGUUUUAUCUUCUACACAAUCAUCAUUAUAACCUGAAAAUAAAGUUGCAACUACUACAAAAAAAGUAAAAAAAUUAAUGGGUUAGCUCUUGUGCUCCUAACGGUGGAGGAUCUAAUUUAAAAAUGAAAACAGUUUAUUAGUAAAGUAUUUUAUUAACCUGUGUUAUUUUAAUUCAAAUGUUUACUAUAAAAAAAAUUAUUAUUAAGCCAGUUUAACUGUCUACUAAAAAAGUACAAAGUUGUAUUUAUUUUUAUUUUUUAAAUAACAUGUAAUUAAUUUAAUUAUUUUAACCAAAAAUCUAAACAUUACAAUUAAAUAUUUAAUUAUACAGUGUCAGAAUUAUAUGAAUAGACUGAACUGGUA